UCGUACUAUUUUUUAUACUUGAAUUGAUAACGUCAUUACGCAGCUGAAAGUGCUUUCAAACAUCUGAUAAACCCUACGCGGAGCGACACGUGCGUAGUGCCGUCGUAGUGUCUAUAAUUUGUUAUACACUGUGUUCCGCAUAGCGAAGUAUUUCGAUAAAACGACAGUCAUACUUGAUUAAUUUUUUAUCAUGUUCACUUAUGUCUAUUGGAAAGCAAAAUUGAUGCGGACUAAUUUGUAAGAAAUUAAAUUAUAUAUAAAGAUAAGAACACAAGACUUAUUCUUGCAAAUAUGUGGGCGGAUACUAUCCUAAUUGUAUUUAUCAGCAUAUGUACAGCAUUGUUAGGUGAAGGACUGACAUGGCUAAUGGUAUAUAGAACUGAAAAAUAUCAAAAGUUGAAAGCUGAAGUAGAAAAGCAGAGUAAGAAGUUGGAAAAGAGGAAGGAAGCUCAUGGUGAUUCUCUGGAUAAGCAACAAAAGAAGAAGAUAGAACGUGAAGAGGAAAGAUUAAAAAAUAAUAAUCGAGAUUUGUCUCUCGUGAAAAUGAAAUCAAUGUUUGCGAUUGGAUUCGCCUUCACAGCGCUCUUAAGUAUGUUCAACAAUAUAUUUGAUGGGCGAGUUGUUGCUAGAUUGCCAUUUGUUCCAAUUAGCUGGAUACAAGGCUUAUCGCAUAGAAAUCUCUCGGGCGAUGAUUAUACAGAAUGCUCAUUUAUAUUUUUGUACAUAUUGUGCACCAUGAGUAUCAGACAAAACAUCCAGAAGAUGCUUGGGUUUGCACCAUCCAGGACUGCGAGCAAACAAAGUGGAAGUAUCUUUGGACCUCCUCCUCAGCAAUUUAAAUAAAUUCAGAUUCGCAGAAUUCCAA